UUCUCCGUGCACCACAGGCGGUUCCGGAAAAACGCCAAAAAUGCCUCGCAUAAGCAAAACAAAUGCCUCGACGCCUCGCACACACCCAAACACCCGCGCUUGCCCUGGCCUAUAAAAGCGCGGGCCGUGCCACGUUUCUUCACGUCCAGCCUCCAUCUUCUUGCUCGCCCUUUCCGUCGAGCCUACACUAAACCCCGAAUCUGCCCCUACAAACCCGCCUGUCGCCAUGCCAAAACCAACCGUGUUGCUUGUUCUCUACGAGGGCGCCCACCACGCGCGCCAGGAGCCCAAGCUUCUUGGGUGCAUUGAAAACGAGCUCGGCAUCCGCGACUUCGUGGAGCUGAACGGCUACGACUUGGUGUGCACCACGUCCAAAGACCCCAUUGGCGGCUCGGAAGUGGACCGGCUCUUGGCCAGCGCCGAGAUCGUCAUCACCACCCCGUUCUACCCCGCGUACAUCUCGCGGGAGCGCAUCGAGCAGGCGCCCAACUUGAGAUUGUGCAUCACCGCCGGCGUGGGCUCGGAUCACGUGGACUUGGCCGCCGCCAACGAGCACAAACUCACCGUGGCCGAGGUCACGGGGUCCAACGUGCAGUCCGUGGCGGAGCACGUGAUGAUGACCAUCUUGGACUUGGUCCGCAACUUCGUGCCGGCGCACGAGCAGGCCAUGCAGGGCGGCUGGGACAUUGCCGCCGUCGCCAAGGACACCUACGAUUUGGAGGGCAAGGUGGUGGCCACCGUGGGCGCGGGCCGCAUUGGCUACCGCGUCUUGGAACGCUUGGUGGCCUUCAACCCGAAGAAGCUCUUGUACUUCGACUACCAGGACUUGCCGCGGGCGGCCGUGGACAAGCUCAAUGCCGCGUCCGAGUUGUUCAACGGCCACGGCGACAUUGUGCAGCGCGUCGAGAAGCUUGAGGACAUGCUUGCGCAAGCCGACGUGGUGACCAUCAACUGCCCCUUGCACGAGGGCUCCAAGGGCUUGUUCAACAAGGAGCUCAUCAGCCACAUGAAGGACGGUGCGUGGUUGGUCAACACGGCCCGUGGCGCCAUCUGCGUGGAGCAGGACGUGGCGGACGCCGUCAGCCUGGGCAAGCUCCGGGGCUAUGGGGGAGACGUAUGGUACCCCCAGCCGGCGCCCGACAGCCACCCUUGGAGAUCGUUUAGAAACAAGUAUGGCGGGGGCAAUGCCAUGACGCCUCACGUGAGCGGCACCUCCAUCGACGCCCAGGCCCGCUACGCGGCGGGCACCAGGGAUAUUUUGGAGAGCUACUUCUCGAAGAAGUUUGACUACCGUGCCCAGGACUUGAUUGUGAUUGACGGCAAGUACGCUACGCGGGCCUACGGAGCCGAGAACAAGUAGGCUUUCUGGGAAGUAGCUUUGGUGGAGGCAGCUUUUGAAGGAAGCGGUCUCUUUUAAAUGUGGCUACUACAUAGAUGAAUGCAAUGCACGAAGCCUGUGUUGGGCUCGUGGCAAGUAUAUGCUUUUUUUUUUGGUAGAUUCAUCUGAUUAAAGGGGCAA